UGGAAGACAACAGACACACAACAGUAUUUCCUGGUUGUGAACAAUCAAUGUUAGUUUGGGGUUCAGACAAUACAUUUAUAGCUUUAUAGAUGACUUAUAAAAAUUGUGACUGAAAGGAAUUUGUUCCAUUGUCUUAAAAAAAGGCAUAUUUAACUGUUUUUAAAUUUCCUUUAAUUAGACUGUUUGUCAUAAAUACUAGAUUGCAUUAGACUCUGAACAUAGACUUGUUAGUUCUAAUGUUCUUGGCUUUCUAAAAUUUGUGAGACUCUUUAAGGCUUUUACAUAGAGAGAGGUAGCUCAGACACCAAUCAUAAAAGAUCUCUCAGAAGACUGAGUUUGUCACCAUUGAGAAAGAUGACAGAAUUUGGUUACCGAGUGUGAAUAUGAAAGUGGAGUUCCAGAAGCUACUGGAAAAUUUGUAUCAUGCAAAAAAUGCAUGAAUUUCACAACUGUAUUACAACAAGAAAACCCUUUUCUUUGAAUUCAACUUAUUCUGUGAACACUAGCGUUACCCUCAUGCUAUACCCAUACAAACUUGACUUGAAGACAUAGAGAGUGCUGGGUGCCUGUUUAUCUGUUUCCUUUUACCAAUCCUACUUUCCUUUCCAAAAGGAGUCCAGGUUAUUUUGAAACACAAAAUCUCACACAAGUCUCAGAAUUUCAUCUCAUGGGCUUCUCAGAAGAUCCAGCCUUGCAGCUUCUCCUCUUUGUGCUGUUUCUGUCCAUGUACCUGAUCACGCUGCUCGGGAACCUGCUCAGCCUGGCCAUCAGCUCAGACUCCCACCUCCACACCCCCAUGUAUUUCUUCCUCUGCAACCUGUCCUUGGCUGAUGUGGGUUUCACUUCCACCACGAUUCCCAAGUUGAUUGUGGACAUCCACACUCACAGCACAGUCAUCUCCUAUGUGGGCUGCCUGACACAGAUGUCUCUCUUUAUUAACUUUGGGUGCAUGGGUGAUUUGCUUCUGACUGUGAUGGCCUAUGACCGGUUUGUUGCCAUUUGUCAUCCAUUGUAUUACCAGGUCAUCAUGAACCCCUGCCGCUGUGGCUUCUUGGUUUCAGUGUCGGUUGUGGCCAGCCUUUUGGAAUCCCUGCUGCAGAAUUUGAUGCUAUUAAGAGCUACCUGCUUCAAAGAUGUUGACAUUUCUAAUUUCUUCUGUGAACCUUCCCAGCUUCUCACUCUUGCUUUCUCUGACACUUUCACUCAUGACACAGCCAUAGAUUUUGUUGGCAUCAUAUAUGGUUUUCUCCCUAUCUCAGGGAUUCUCCACUCUUACUACAAAAUCAUUUCCCCCAUUCUGAGAGUCCCAUCAGCUGGUGGGAAGUACAAAGCCUUCUCCACCUGUGGCUCUCACGUGACUGUUGUAUGUUUAUUUUAUGGAACAUCCCUUGGGGUGUAUCUCACUUCAGCAGCCUCCCUUUCUUCCAAGAAGUGUGCAGUGGCUUCAGUGAUGUACACUGUGGUCAUCCCCAUGCUCAACCCCUUUAUCUACAGCCUGAGGAACAGGGACAUCAAGAGGGCCAUGUGGAGACUUCUCAGUCAGCAAGCUAUUUAG